AUGCUCUUCAAGGAUGAUUUUCCUCUAAUUCCUCCAAAAUGUCGUUUUGAGCCGACAAUCUUCCAUCCAAACGUCUUUCCGAAUGCUAUCGCUUGUCUGAACAUUUUGUACAAUGACUGGCGUCCAACAGUCACUAUCAAACAAGUGUUGUUGGCAAUUCAAGAUUUGUUGGUUAAUCCAAACCUGGAGGAACCUGUUCAAGCUGAAGCCUAUUUAAUUUGUACCAAAAACCGGCAGGAAUAUGAACGUCGUGUGCGCGAACAAGCUCAACGUUUUUCUUGGGAAGUGGUUGAAAUGGAAAUGUUUGGUUAA